UGCGCCAAUCCAUCGCCAACAACACCGACUUUUAGUCUUCUACCACCAACACCAGCGCCACUAAUUACAGGUGUUAGCAUCAUCACCAGCAUCACCAACAACAUCAACAGCAACCUGUUGCAUUGCAACCACCAACGCUACCACCGUCACCACCGUCAUCAACACUAAUAACAACUUUUGAUAUUACUGCUACCACCACCAUUACGAACUUUGCAAGAACGAACACUAACUACCACCACCACCACCACCACCACUACGAACAACUUCCAUCAACAGCAGCAGCAGCAGCAAUAGCUGCAGCAGUAACCACAACAACAACAGCAACAUCAAGCCUCACUGCUAGAUGUGUUUUUAGUUGACUUGAGUAAUGUGACAGUGUAAACAUGGCGGCGGGAAUCGCACCUUUCAAUCCAGGUACGUCAGUCGUACCUUCAACGCAAGUGGAAAUAUCUGUCUCGUGCCGGAACUUGAGGGAUAGAGACCUGUUCUCUAAAUCCGAUCCAGUAUGCAUUCUCUACACAAAGAAUUUCAAAAGUGAAACGUUUUACGAGUUUGGCAGAACUGAAACAAUCAAAGACACUCUAAACCCUGACUUCAUCAAAAAAUUUGUUAUGUCAUAUUACUUUGAAGAAUGUCAACACCUCAAAUUUGAACUAUAUGAUGUAGAUUCUGCAAACGGUUCUUUGGAUCAACAGGAUUUUCUUGGUUAUUUGGAAUGUACCCUUGGAGAAAUCGUUGGAUGCGGUAGCAAACUUGAAAAGAAACUGCUCAGAGAUGCAGAGCGCUCAAAACUGGCCUGCAUAAGAGGAAGUGCAAUUGACAAUGGAAAAAUUAUCUUGCGAGCUGAAGAAGUGAAUAUCUGCAAGGACAAAUUAACUUUACAGUUCCAAGCUACCAACUUGGACAAAAAAGAUUUCUUCGGAAAAUCAGAUCCCUUUUUAAUAUUCUACCGUGCUAAUGAAGAUAGAAGUUUUACAGCAGUCCAUAAGACUGAAGUGAUCAAGAACACCUUGAACCCAACAUGGCAGCCGUUCAAUGUGAUGGCCAGUGUCUUGUGCAAUGGUGAUUACGACAGAGUCAUCAAAGUCGAAUGUUAUGAUUGGGACAGAGAUGGCGGACAUGAUUUUAUUGGUGAAUUUACGACAAAUUUACAAACUUUGCUGAAAGGUGCGGGACCAGAAAACAGAUAUGAAGCUAUAAAUCCAAAGAAAAAAGCUAAGAAGAAAAACUAUAAAAACUCUGGUGAGGUGCGACUCAUGUUCUGCAAAGUCGAGACGAUUUACUCAUUUCUUGAUUACAUCAAAUCCGGCCGCACCCAACUGAACUUCACAGUGGCCAUUGACUUUACCGCCUCCAAUGGCAACCCGAGUAACUCGACCUCGCUGCACUACUAUAACCCCUACCAAAUGAAUCAGUAUGCUGCUGCUAUCCAGGCUGUUGGCGAGAUCAUCCAAGAUUAUGAUAGUGAUAAAUUAUUCCCAACACUUGGAUUCGGAGCUAGACUCCCAGAUGGCAGUGUAUCUCAUGAAUUUGCUCUGAAUUGCAAUCCUAAUAACCCUUACUGCGCUGGUAUUCAAGGCAUUCUCCAGGCUUACUAUGACUCACUGCAAAGAGUACAGCUGUAUGGACCCACCAAUUUCUCCCCGGUCAUCAAUCACGUUGCUAAAUUUGCAAGCAAUGUUCAAGAUGGCUCCCAUUAUUUUAUUCUUCUGAUCAUCACAGACGGUGUCAUAACUGACAUGAACCAAACUAUCAAAUCAAUUAUUCAGGCUUCCUACUUGCCAAUGUCGAUUAUAAUUGUCGGAGUAGGGAGUGCGGAUUUUGAAGCAAUGAAUAUUUUGGACUCUGAUGAUGGUCUGCUGCAUUCCGGACAACUGGCAGCCCAAAGGGAUAUUGUUCAGUUUGUUCCAUUCCGAGAUUUCCUCGGUGGUCAAUAUGGGAGCCGCAUGCACGUCAGUCAAGCAUACCUUGCUAAAGAAGUCUUGGCUGAAAUUCCAGAACAGUUCCUGUCGUAUAUGAAGCUCCAUGGUAUAUUGCCCGCUUCUCCGACUGAAGCUUAAAUCUCCCAUAUUGAAUUUAAUGCAGCAAAGAACAAAGAAUGAAGAAGUUAUCUGCCAAAUUGGGGUUUGUAGAGAGCCAAAAGUCCAUUUCCAUAGUCUUUUACUUUAAGGAGUCAGCCCUUACUGACUUCCAACUAAAUGCAAGUUGAGCAAAAUAAUAAAGUCUCCUCACAAGGUCUUCGGAUAACCAUUCAUACAGACAGACAGACAGACAUUAGCACGUGGUUAUAUUCGUGUGAAGUCUGCGAUUGUUCCGGUUGCUUUUCAGGGAUUCUUGCUUCGUGCAAUCUUUCAAUUGACAAAGAAAUGACUCGACUAUUUUUUUUUUUUUUGCUUUGAAGGAUUACGUGUGGCGAUAAAACCCGUGUAGCAACGGAGUGAAUCAUCCGUUUUAAACUAAUAAAUGCACCAUUAUGUCUACCGAAUAAAAGUUUACCCCUUGGUGAAUUCAAACGCAUAUCUGUGUGUGUGCGUGUGCGUGCGCGUGUGUAAGCAUACACA